AUGUACAUUGUAGACCGGCUCAAGUACGAGUCAAUGAAUCACUGGCACACAAAGAAGCUCUGCUUUUUUCGGUUCCUCGCAGGAAGGCCGGUUGAGGAGGUUGCAAGAACGAUGCGCAUACGCCCCCAGCACCCAGUCAAGGCUGCGUGCGUAGUCGCUUUCUACCACCAAUACAGCAUAUGCCCAAGAACGAGCACGCACGAUGCAGACACGUGCCCACUCUUCCUGAUAUUCAACGCUUCAAACAGAGCAUUUUCUGUCUUUCUUCUAGCUUCCUACCACAUUAUAACUCCCCUGGCAACCACGAUGUUUGCCAUCCUUCUCCUGAGCAACUUGGCGAAGGGCUCUGCGAGUGUGCUCUACCUGGGCUUGCUUGGGUCGUACGGAAAGUUCAUGGGCUCCUGCCUAUAUAACAUGUUCUUGCUGAUGUGCACCGCUGCUGGGGCGCAAAAGAUGCUGGAAAUUCUGAACCAAGGAUACACUCGUCGCCUCUGGGGGUUUGAGGUCCAUGAGGACUUUGGCGUCUGCAUGUUCUACGUUGAGCUGCUCAUUCUAGCCCUGGUGCAGGCGGUUGGCCUUAACUUCUGCAUUAUUUCGGGGCUAAACAAAGCCCUGCACUUUCUGUACAUAUUGUGCAUAUGGGCGCUCUAUUUCUUCGCUGUUGGAGUAGCAGCAAUUGAGUUUGGAGGGAAGGUCUUUGACCUGAGGCAAAAAGGACACCUAAAACGCUGGGCAGUUUUUCUCUUUGGUGCAUGGUUUAUGCUUUCAACCGCUUUAUUCUUAGGGCUUGAGUCGUACCUGGGCGAGAGAAGGGUCUCCGUCUAG